AUGGCCUUUGUUCCUGCACCAGGCUACCAGCCUACCUACAACCCGACGCUGCCCUACCACAGGCCCAUCCCAGGCAAUCUCAGAGUUGGAAUGUCCAUUUACAUCCAAGGAGUGGCUAGCGAGCAUAUGAAGAGGUUCUUCGUGAACUUCGAGGUGGGGCAGGGCCCAGAGGCAGACGUCGCCUUCCACUUCAAUCCCCGCUUUGACGGCUGGGAUAAGGUGGUCUUAAACACGAGGCAGAACGGCAACUGGGGCAAGGAGGAGAAGAAAAGGAGCAUGCCCUUCAGCAGGGGCGCCGCCUUCGAGCUGGUGUUCAUGGUCUUGGCCGAGCACUACAAGGUGGUGGUAAAUGGGAAGCCCUUCUAUGAGUUUGGGCACCGGAUCCCACUACAGAUGGUCACCCACCUGCAUGUGGAUGGCGACCUGCAGCUUCAGUCAAUCAACAUCAUCGGAGGCCAGCCCACCCCAAACCAGGUGUGUGGUGUGUCCCCCUCUUACCCUUUGCCAGGUGAUGGUCCUGGGCAGUGCUACCAAGUGCUAAGUAACCUCCCUACCAUGGAGGGACCCCCAACCUUCAACCCGCCUGUGCCAUUUAAUGGGAGACUGCAAGGGGGGCUUACAGCCCGAAGAACCAUUAUUGUCAAGGGCUACGUACCCCCCACAGCCAAGAGCUUUGUCAUCAACUUCAAGGUGGGAUCCUCAGGGGACCUGGCUCUGCACAUUAACCCCCGGCUGAAUGAGGGCACCGUGGUUCGGAACAGCUUUCUGAAUGGCUUGUGGGGAGCCGAGGAAAGGAAGGUCCCCUACAACCCGUUUGGUCCUGGACAGUUCUUUGAUCUGUCCAUUCGCUGUGGCAUGGAUCGCUUCAAGGUGUAUGCCAACGGCCAGCACCUCUUCGACUUCUCCCAUCGCCUUUCGGCCUUCCAGAGGGUGGACAUGGUGGAGAUUCAGGGUGAUGUCACCUUGUCCUAUGUCCAGAUCUGA